GAGGAGAGUGCUGCAGUCAUGAUUUUGACAAAGGACAUAGAGAUGGAGUUUGCAGCUAUAGGCAUGUUUGCUGUGCUCAUAGCAUCAAUUCCACUAUACGAACAGGAGACUCCGGUAGACAACACAGCCAUUGAGGCUGAACAGGUAUAAUCAACCUCUGAUUUUCUGUAUGACUCAGUGUUAUAGGACAACAUAUUACUGAGUCUGACCAUAGUUAGAUUCAUUUACAUUUCCGUGCUUUACUAUUUUCAACCAGAUUAUGCUUACUGUGCAUCUUUCUCAUAGAGUCAACAACCUGAGCACCCCCUAGUACUACUCUUGAUGGAGGAAAAGGCCAAAGAAGCACCUUAACAGCACAGGGAGAUUGACGACUGCAAAGAUUGAAAGAAUAUACACAAAUUAUUACAAACAACACCUUUUGAGAGCAUUGCGAUUGAAAUGGUGUUUCCACCCUCAGGCUUGACUGAAAGCGAUUUAGUGGAGCUCACGCCAGAUGACCCGAACAAAGAUUCACCUUCACAUACUGUUCCUUCAGGUAAAUACAAUGGAGGAUCACACACUUGGCAUACAAUUAAGCAGUAAGGCACGAGGGGGUGUGAUAUAUGGCCAAUAUACCAUGGCUAAGGGCUGUUCUUAGGCAACGUGGAGUGCCUGGAUACAGCCAUUAGCUGUGGUAUAUUGACCAUGUACCACAAACCCCCAAGGUGCCUUAUUGCUAUUAUAAACUGGUUGCCAACAAAGCACCCAGUUUAUAAUCUCUGAUUGUGGGACGCAACUACACAAUGGUGCAUCUGUACAUGAAGUGUUUUUGUGUCCCUACCUGCAUUCUUAAUAAUAUGUAAACCAUGUUUUUCAGUGUCUACGGGGCUCUUUUGUGCUGUUUGUUCCAGACACCCCACCACAGUUCUCCUGGGGCAUAUAGCCGGGCAUGGCCCCAUCUAUAUUCUCAGCUUCGAGGUAAAUUAAUGAAAAUGGUGAACGUGAUUUAUCUUUGAUGAAAUGUAUUUGUUGUGCAAUCAGUGAAACAUCUAUAAAGUCUUUCUGUGUCAUUCCACAGACAGAGCACCCGUAAUUAACAGGUUUGUAUAUUUUAUUCUAACUGGACCUUUAUCAAUGUCAGUGGAAUCUAUUUUAUGACUCUGUGUAUAUAUAAGCUCAUAACAAACCACUCGACUGGUCACUUUACCAUACUCUAAUGCCCUGUUUUUCAUUUAGACACGAUUACUUGGUGGAUGAUUAUGAGGAGAAAAUAGUAGUCUCCCCUGCCUGUCACUGCUGAUGGGGAGGUAAGUUGAGUUCCCUCUUCAAUCCAUUUAGUAAAACAUGUAGAAUUCUGUCUCUUUACAAGAUUAUUUUUAUGUUUUAGGUCAUUUUGGACCUGGACACCAUCCUCAGAACAUACAGAGAACAAAACUCAAUGCCUGACAUCCAAACACACGUGAGGCGGAGAGACAUCUUCAGAAGUGUGCUCAAUGUGAUGGGGAAGAAGUAA